AUGCACCAUCAAAAGAAAUCAAUCAACAAAGUGUUGGAAGAAGCCAGGAUCAAGCCAGGAUCCACAGAAAUGAUCAAGUCUUAUCAGAAGGCCAUUGACACUGUCAUGAAGUCCCUUACUGCCAAGGAGAUACAGGAGGCUGAGGCAUUGGCCAAAGAAUGGAAUGAGUGGUGUAGGGAAUUGAUACUUAGCCUACCUGUGUGGCGCAUUUUUGGUAGCUUAUGGCAACCACUUCAGGAUGUUCAGUCAGAAACUGCAGAGAAGAAAGGCCAUAAAUAUGCCAAGAAAUUUGCUAAGGAAAUGUGGAAGCAGUGUGGUGCCAGGGUGGUAGUGAUGGCAGCAUGGGAAGAUGCCAAUGGAGAGGUGAUAGUUGGAGUACAUGAUUUCAAUGAUGAAUUGGGUAAUGGAAAAUUAUUUGAGGAGUUGGACAAGUGCCAGGAUAUAUUUGUAAAGUAUGCAUGGAUGGCCUUUGGGAAUGGUGGCACCAAUGCUGAGUCACCAGAUGAAGAUGCCACUCCAUGGUCAAGGCAGAGAAAGAGCAAUGGGAAACCUAAAACCAUCCUGCCAGUCAGUGAAAAUGGCACACCAUACAUCCCAAACAUAUUGGACAUGCAGGCACCAAAGUUGAAGGAUAUCAUGUGGACAUUUGUAACAUUUCACUAUCAUAUGUAUAACAAUAGGAGAGAUACUGUUCAUUGA